GCUGUGAGGAUACUUACAGUGGAAAAUAUAUAUAAAUGCCAAAUUUGGGAUCUGACGCUUAAAUUGAACACAUGCAUGACAUUGCAAGUGUAAUUUACUUUAAACUUAAAUAUAAAAAAGGUGUGAAAGCAUCUUAGGUGUUUAUGAGUGCUCAUCGUCGCCACACACCUCGCUGCAGAUCAACAAGUGCUCCGAUGUUCAGCUGUGUCACGGACUGGAAACAUGAUAUUCACAUGACAGGUGUGUACAUAGUGUUCGGAUGUCGUGACGUAACGUGCAAAAGGUGCCUAUAAAUUCAGGGACUCCCUCCACAGCGAAGCAGUGAUCACACAGUCUGAGGAGAGGACACUAACUCACGAGGCAAAGGAUUAAACCCUCUUUCCUUAUUGCUGGAUUACACAUUUCUUGGAAAAGUGGUUGGUGGUAUGCUGAGUGGCUUCCUCCUGAGAGCGUUUAUGGCCAAAGGCAUCUCCACGACAGAACCACCCCUAAGAACGAGUUUGCUUCUUGAGAAAACUUGAAACCCACAUUAUCCUCACUUGCAGUCCUGACGUCAGAAUGGUUGGCAUGAAACCCAGCGAUGCCAUGCCCACAGCGACGGUGAAGUUCUUCGGCGCAGGCACGGCAGCCUGCAUCGCUGACCUCAUCACCUUUCCACUGGACACCGCCAAAGUCCGACUACAGAUCCAGGGAGAGUCUCAGAAGACUGAAGGUUCCAGUCGGGUGAAGUACAAGGGAGUCUUCGGCACCAUCAACACGAUGGUGCGCACAGAGGGCCCUAAGAGUCUUUACAGCGGGCUGGUGGCGGGACUCCAGAGGCAGAUGAGCUUCGCCUCCGUCCGCAUCGGCCUCUACGACUCCAUGAAGCAGUUCUACACUCGAGGAAGUGAAAGUGCCGGGAUUGUUGUGCGACUCAUGGCGGGGUGCACCACAGGCGCCAUGGCCGUUGCUUUUGCACAACCAACAGAUGUGGUGAAGGUGCGUUUCCAGGCCCAAGUACGACUGACAGACGGGGUAAAGAGAUACAACGGCACCCUGGACGCCUACAAGACGAUUGCCAGAGACGAAGGUGUACGAGGACUUUGGAAAGGCUGCAUGCCAAACAUCACCCGCAACGCCAUCGUCAACUGUGCAGAGCUGGUCACCUACGACAUGAUCAAAGAACUCCUCAUCAAGUACGACCUGAUGACAGAUAACCUGCCGUGCCACUUCACAGCCGCCUUCGGAGCUGGCUUCUGCACAACCAUCGUGGCCUCUCCUGUGGAUGUGGUCAAAACACGGUUCAUGAACUCCAGCGCCGGCCGGUACAGCAGUGCCAGCAACUGUGCUCUCACCAUGCUGAGAAACGAAGGACCCACAGCUUUCUACAAAGGGUUCAUGCCUUCUUUCCUGCGACUGGGCUCCUGGAACAUCGUGAUGUUUGUGUCAUAUGAGCAAAUCAAGAGAGGGAUGACCAGAGCCCAGCAGUACUGGGAGUCUCCGUUUUGAUCUGGGCAAGAUCAAGAUUGCAAAGACUCAGCAGCCAAACCUGCCAUGUGAAUGAAAGCUGCAGCUCAGCUGGAAUACCUGGCAUGUUUGUUGAAGCCUUGAAAAGAGGACACUAUAUGGCGAGAGCGAGGCCAUAUCGCUAACUUAUGAGUUUCCUAAUAAACACGAUAAAGACUUGUGACAGGAAGAAUCUGAGGGAUGACGUGCAAUAUCGGAGCCAUUUAAAGAUAACAGUAUACUGAAAUAUUUUAUGGGUUGUAACAGUCAGCAAAAAGCUGGCUAUUAAAGGCUCCUCUACGUGUAAAACAUGAAUGUGAAAUGCUUGGAAAUGGUGGAUACAGACACGUUGUAUCACAUGUUUGUCUAUAUCUUUGACGAUGGAUCUUCAUGUUUACAGGAAUGAACUGAAAGAUCACAUCACUCCGUAGCACUUUAUCCCUGAAACAAACCAUUUUUGCUGCAUGUUCGUUCCCAUCCCAUCUGUUUACACUUUUAAAGCAUUGUUUGUGGCCAGUGGUUGAUAGUUUCAUAUAGGUAAGCAAAAUGAUUCGUUGCUGGUCGAUGAGUCAUGAAUAUGUUGCACAUGAUGAAAAACAACGUUACAGCUCAAAAAUAAAGUGAAACUUUUACAA